AUGCAGUCGGCUCGUCCUGGCUCUUGCCCUCAUCCUGGUUCUGGAAUCCUCAGUUCAAGAAAGACAAGAAUCCAGGACUUGAAUCGUAUCUUCCCACUUUCUGAGGACUAUUCUGGAUCAGGUUCCGGCUCCGGCUCUGGAUCAGGAUCUGGGAGUGGCUUCGUAACUGAAAUGGAACAAGAUUACCAACCAGUAGAUGAAAGUGAUGCUUUCCAUGACAACCUUAGGUCUCUUGACAGGAAUCUGCCCUCAGACAGCCAGGACUUGGGUCAACAUGGAUUAGAAGAGGAUUUUAUGAUAUAAAAGAGAAUUUUCCCACCUUGACACCAGGCAAUGUAUUUAGCAUAUUUUGCGUACCAUGGUUAGAUGAUCAACCUUGGGACAAAGGAUUUUAUAGACAUUUUUAAACAUCUGAAAAAGAAGCUUAAGUUUUAUCAUCCUUUUUUUUCUCAUGAAUUCUUAAAGGAUUAUGCUUUAAUGCUGUUAUCUAUCUUAUUGUUCUUGAAAAUACCUGCAUUUUUUGGUAUCAUAUUCAGCCAACAUCAUUAUGAAAUUAAUUAGAUUCCCAUGGCCAUAAAAUGGCUUUAAAGAAUAUAUUUUUUUUAAAAAAUGGUUUGAGAAGCAAAUUGGCAGGUAAUAUUUCGUACCUAAAUUAAGAAUCUGACUUGGAUUGUGAAUUACAGAUAUGCCCCUUUUCUUAUAAAAACAAAACAAAAAAAUAGUGAAGCACAGUGAAUUUGUAGAGUGGGGGUAUUUGACAUAUUUUACAGUGUGGAGUGUACUAUAUACUAUUACCUUUGAAUGUGUUUGCAGAGCUAGUGGACAUGUUUAUCUACAAGUACAAUUGCUGUUACAUAACACCCCAAAUAACUCCCAAAUUAAAGCACAGUUGUGCUCUCAAUACCUCAUACUGCUUUACCUUUUUUUCCUGGAUAUCUGCGUAUUUUCAAAUGUUACUAUAUAUUAAAGCAGAAAUAUAACCAAA